AUGGCGACCCCUCGACUCGAGGACUGGGUGAAACAGGAGCAUGAGAAUGCCAAUCGGUUCGUCUCCAUGAAAGACUUAUUUAAAGUCGGUAUUGGCGGAGGAAGGAGUGAAUGGAACUUUGUCAAAUCCUCCCUUCUGGAGGUUGAAACAAAUAAAUUUGUCCGCAAACUCGCACAUCUGGCGGCCAAGGUGCGGGACAAAGUCUUGACGAUCGAGAGACUCCAGAACACCCAGAAGAGCCCCGUGCCAGUGAUCGCCCUCUCAACGCUGAUCCUCUGUGACACGCUGCAUGUUAUCAUGCAGGCACACUUUGAUGUAUCCUAUUUUUCUUUGACUGGGAUGAGCCCGGUCACAAUCGAAUAUGAAAUGGUAUUCUGGCAAAAUAAACUGCCCUGGAAGGCUUUUGCACAACUCGAAAAUCCGCAAUCCAACACCUUUGACGACAUGGCACCCUCGUUGAGGAUCAUUAUCAAUCGCCUCCUGAGUCAUGGAUGGUGCCCUUCAGUGAUCGAUAGUGCAGGGAGCAACCUGGGGUACUUGACUCUCUACUAUAUGUCGGACAUCCAGCGUCCAAACCCCGGCGGACUGGAUCAUAAAGACUGCACACGGCGAGUCUGCAAGGCGAAUCAGCCACCGAAGGUGAUUAUAGACAAACCACAACACAUCUCAGAGGGAUGUGCCUGUGCUGGAAUUCGAAGUAUGCGGGAGCACACCAAAGCUGUUAUCGCCAUACUGGAGGAAGGGCUCAUUCCGCUGGUCCAGUUCCGACGAACAGAAGACGGCAAAGUAGACCUGAAGAUCGUCAAGGCCACCGUGGAGACACGAUAUAUUGCCGUCUCGCAUGUCUGGUCCGACGGGAUGGGCAUUGGUUCCGAGAGUGAGAUUUACGAAUGUCAACUGCAGAAUAUCAUUGAUGGGAUUUCACAGCUGCCAAACCAUCGCGGCGAGAACAUGUCCCAUCUCUCAUUGAACCGAACGGCGACUCGAAUCCCGCGCACUAUCCCAGGCAUCUUCACAAGGAGGGAUCCAUACUGUUCCUUCUGGCUUGACGUGCUCUGUAUCCCUACAAAAAAUGCCAUACGAGCCAAUGGGGCUGAUCCUGAUGCCGUGCGGCAUACUGCCAUAGGUCAAAUAGCGGCCGUAUUUGCAGGAGCCAUGCAAAUCAUGAUUCUCGAUAAAGAAAUGCAACGCCUACGCCCUGAUAUCACGCCCAUCCCUGAGAUCCUAGCACUAUUCUACGGCAGCAAUUGGGCCUCAAGGGCAUGGACAUAUCAAGAAGCCAGCCAGGGUGCGCGAUGCAACAUCAAGCUUUUGAAUGGCUUCCUUGAUCCGCAGGAUAUGGUGAUAAAUGAACGAGACUGGAGCUCCUUUAUCCGCAGACCGGAUCGGUGGACCCUGGAGGAUAUAACGGCUGCAUCUGAUAUUGACAGGUUUGGGAGGGAAGUCAUGCCGGCAUUCAUUGAUCGCUGGAUCUGUUAUGAUCUCCAGCGACUGAUCAACGAAUACUGGGUCUUCAAGCCCACUCGCGACACCCGAGAAGGAUUUCAAAGUGAUAAGACUCCAGAUUAG